AUGAAACCAAAAAAAAAUAUUCCUUUUUUAGAAAAACCAAAUAUUGAAGAAAUAAAUAAUAAUAUAAAAGAAAGUGGAUUAGUAUUAUGUGUGUCACUAAAUGAAAAGGAAUCAGUAUCUCUUGUAUCUCCUUCAUAUUAUUAUAUAUAUGUUCAGAGAUACAUGUAUUUAUCAAAUAUUAUUCCAAAAUGUUUAGAAUAUUUUAAAUCAUUUAUUUUACCUUUUUAUGGUAAUAAAUAUGGUGUUUAUUUUGAGUGUCUUAAAAAUGAGAAAGAAAAUUUAGAUAACGAUUCAAAUAAUAAAAAUAUAAAAAACAAAAGUGAAACAAUAAUACUUGAUUGGAGAUUACCUAUUGGUGUUUUAUUUGAUAUUUAUUGUGAUAUUGAAAAUGAAAAUGCAUAUAUAAAUGGAAAAAAACAAAAUUUGAAAUUCUGUUCUAGUAGUGAAUUAUUUUACGACUGUAUAAAUAUUUUAGAAGCUUCUUCAAACGAAAAAGAUAAUUUUAAUAACAUAAUAAUAAAAAAAAUAAAUGAUGCAAAUGAAUAUAAUAAUGAAUUAAAUAAAGAUUCAACAAAAAAUUCAAUUAAUUACUCUUCAAAAAUAGAAUGUAAUAAUGAAAUAAACGUCGACUUAGAUAAUGAUAAUAUAAAUAAUAAGCCUAUUUCUAAAGGAAAUAUUCAAAUGUCUUUAAAUAAUUUAAAAGAGAUAGAUAACUUAAAAAAAAAAUGCGAUGAAAAUAAAGAAAAUAAUAAAGACAUAUAUGAAAAAAAUAAAUACUUUAAAAAUAAUUCAAAAUAUUAUAAAUUAAUUAUGAAAAAAGAUAUAAAUAAUGAAUGGUAUGAAAAACAAUUUUUAAACAUAUCAAAUAAAAAUAUUCCAUGGAAAUUAAUAGUUCAUUUUAAGGGAGAAGAAGAUUAUCCUUAUAAUUUGAAGAAAAAUGAUAAAAAGAUCUACAAUGGAAACAUAAAUGUUCUAGCUUACAAUAGUUGUAUACCUUUAUAUAAGGGAUUUAGUGAUUUUGAGGAGAAUAUAAUAAAUCAGUUAAAGAAAGCAAGUUAUAUAUUUAAUAAAAGCAAUAGAUUAAUACAAAUGCUACCACAACAAGUUGAAAAAGAAAUUUUAUAUAAUUUAAAAAAUUUUAAUGUUGAAAAUAUUUGUUCAUUAUAUAGAAAAUAUAUUGAUUAUAAUAUGAUUAAAUUUAUAGAUUAUUUUAAUAAUGAAUUCGUUAAGAAAAUAAAUUUUUUUUUUGUAUAUAUGAAAAGUAUAGAAAAUAGCACAAAUGAAGAAAACAAAAAAAGAGAAGAGAGUAAUAUAAAAUGUAAAAAGUAUGAUAAUUUUACUCAUAUUAAGAAUAUGGAAUUCUGUGAUAAGCUUGAGGAGAAUAUUAAUUAUAAAAAUAAAGAAAAUGAUAAUAUAUUAAAAACAGUUGAUUGUAAUAACGAAAAUUUAUCAAUAAGAAGUAAUGAACUGAUAAAUCAAAUAAAUGAAUCAAAAAUUGAUUAUCUUUCUGAUAAUAAUAUGAUAAAAAAUAAUAUUAGAAAUAAUAGCAUAAGUAAUGUAGAUGAUAAUAAUCAUUCUAAUAUUGAUCCAUCAACUAAUAAUUCUGAUCAACAUUUUGAAAAGAAAAAUAGACAGAAUAAAGAUAAUUUGUUGUUUCAAAAUAUAAAUGAAAAAUGUAAAAACUAUUUAAAUAAAAAUAGUUCUCCUUCCUAUAGUAAUUAUACCAAAGAAAAAUAUAGUAUAUAUAAAAUUCUGAAUGAUGACAAACUAGUUAAAGAAGUUCCUAUAAUUAUACAUAUAUAUGGACCCCCAUAUAAUCAGAUAAUGACAAAAUUUCCAUUAUUUAAAAUAAUUUAUUCAGAAAAAAAUAAAGACUCUAUUGAACAACUUUUUUUAUAUACAUUGGGAGAUUUUUUACAUGAACAGUUCCCUUCAUUUUUUAGAAAAAUAAGUAAAGAAGAAAAACAAAUUUUAGGGAAAGAAAAGGUUGAUAUAGAAAAUAAGGAAAUUCAGGAUAAUGUAGAAAUAAAAAAAAGUCAAUAUUAUAAUGAAAACAUUAAGUUAAAUAUAGAUGAAAACAAAAAUGAAAAAUAUAUAAAUAAUAAAAAAAAUGUGUAUGACACGUAUUUAAAUAGUGAAACUAUAUUUUAUUUUAUAGAAGAUGAUUAUUUAAUUUUUAGUGAUUAUAUGUUUAUAAUAAUUAAUGGAAUACAAAUUCCCUUAAAAACACCACUAUAUUGGCUUACAGCAAAUUUUUCUCAAUUUGAUAAUUUUCUUCAUAUUAUUCUCCGUAUACCUUCUUAUUAA